CCCAGACUCCCACUCUCACCCCAUCUAAGAAAAAAAACACAAAAAGAAAAAAAUAGAAAAAAAAAAAUAAAAAAUCAAAUCUUGAUUUCCAAAAAAAUGGCAUUUGCAGGAACAACACAGAAAUGCAUGGCUUGUGAGAAGACAGUAUAUCUUGUGGACAAGUUAACAGCUGAUAACAGAGUCUACCACAAGGCUUGUUUCAGAUGCCACCAUUGCAAGGGCACUCUCAAGCUGGCGAAUUACAACUCUUUCGAGGGGGUACUCUAUUGCAGGCCACACUUUGAUCAGCUGUUCAAAAGGACUGGAAGUUUGGAGAAAAGCUUUGAAGGAACUCCUAAGAUUGCAAAACCAGAGAAACCUGCUGACAUUGAGAAACCUCUAGCGAAUAAAGUUUCGAGUAUGUUUGCCGGGACAAAGGAGAAAUGCCUGGCCUGCAAGAACACAGUGUACCCAACCGAAAAGGUGUCUGUGAAUGGUACUCCUUACCACAAGAGCUGCUUCAAGUGCAGCCAUGGUGGGUGCGUAAUAAGCCCGUCAAACUACAUAGCCCACGAGGGUCGACUUUACUGCAAACACCACCAUAUUCAGCUCAUCAAGGAGAAAGGCAAUUUGAGCCAGCUUGAGGGUGACCAUCAUCAUAAGGACUACGCAACAACACCUGCUGCAGAUUCAUGAAUAAACAUCCUUUACUUUGUGAUCACACUAAGUUGUGCAAUUUUUNUUU